UGAGUGUGCGCUUUGCGGUGCAAUGCCGGCGGGUGCGUGACGUCACCCCUCUCAUUGGGCGCGGAUGUGUCGUCACCACUUCCGGGUUUGGGGAGCUGCGUCCACGCGGACUUUGCCUCGGCACCCUUGCAGCAUUUCGGGAGGCCCGCCUGGCUCAGCUGUUGCAAAGAAACAGAGCUGGGUGUCAUCUGCCUGUUGAUAUUCAUUCCAGAUCCUCUGAUGAUCCCUCCUGGCAUUUUCAUGAAAACAUUAAACAUUAUGUUAUGAGGACUGCCCCCAAUUCUCCCACAUCUCAUCUGACAGCCCUGUGGUGAAUGGAGAGUUGUUGGUCUCUCACUUUGUGAAGAGACUUUCAGGAAACAGUUCCAGAUCUUAUGAAGCAUUCAAGUCUGAGCACGGACAAAGCAUACAGCUCUCUGAAGGAAGGAGGAGGGAUGUCACCCCUUCCCUUCUCUUGCUGGAAGUCGUCCCCCCACUGCCCCUAGGGGGGGUCAGCGUAUGCAGUGGUUUGUCCUCAAGGAUCCCGAAACUCCAGGAACUGUCAUUCAGGAGCUGCUGUGUGUUUUCUGUUUGGACAAUGCUGUUUCUGCCUCUGGUGCUGUCCUGUCUCUCUGGCUUGGCCUCUCCUGUCGAGGUGAAAAGACCCAGAGGUGUCUCCCUGACAAACCACCACUUCUAUGACGAAUCAAAGCCCUUCACUUGCCUGGAUGGCUCCGCAACGGUGGCUUUCGACAGAGUCAACGACGAUUAUUGUGACUGCAAAGAUGGUUCCGAUGAACCUGGGACUGCUGCCUGCCCCAGUGGUCGCUUCCACUGUUCGAAUGCCGGCUACCGCCCUCAGUACAUCCCUUCCUCCCGUGUGAAUGACGGGAUUUGUGAUUGCUGUGAUACAACGGAUGAGUACAACAGCGGUGUGGUCUGUGAAAACACUUGCAAAGAGAUGGGUCGGAAGGAGCGGGAGACUCUGAAGCAGAUGGCUGAAGUGGCCAGGGAAGGCUUUGAACGGAAGAAGGCGCUGAUGGAAGAAGCAAGCAAGAGAAAAGAAGAGAAGCAGAGGAAGCUGGCUGAGCUACAGGAUGGGAAGAAGCCUGUGGAGGAGAGAGUGGAGGCUCUGAGAUUGCUGAAGGAGGCUGCUGAGAAGCCCGAGAAGGAAGCCAAGGAUGCCCACAUGAACGUCUGGGAAGCCCAGAAAAUGGCUGAAAGAGCGGCAAAGGACCAAGCCAGAGGGGAAGAGGCCUUCUGGGAGCUUGACAGUGAUGCGGACGGAGUCGUGUCGGUGGCUGAGCUGCAGGCGCACGCCGAACUGGACGUGGAUGGCGACGGGACCCUCUCUGAAUCUGAAGCUCAGGGCUUGCUGGGCGCCUCUUCGCAGGCAGACCUGGUCCAGUUCCAGAGCACUGUGUGGGCAGCCAUCAAGGACAAGUACAAAGGAGAGGGUUUGGCUGAUGCCCAACCUCUGCCAAAGACCCCUGUGGGGGAGGACCAGGACCCUCAGCUUGGAACCCACCUGGACCCAUUGUCUCCUGAAGAUGAAUACGAUGAAGAAGAUGAGGGGGAGGAUGCGUCUGAUGAAGAUGGUGUGGAGGAGGAGGCAAAGGUUCCUCCAAUAACGGCGUCUUCCGAUGACAAGGCAGCAGAGCACGAAUCGGAAAAGAUGCCCCCCUACAAUGAAGCUACGCAAGAUCUCAUUGACGCUGCCCAGAAAGCCCGGGACCAAUUUGAAGAGGCAGAGAAAUCCCUGAAAGACAUGGAGGAGUCGAUCAGGAGCUUGGAGAAAGAGAUCUCCUCCGACUUUGGACCCCACGGGGAAUUUUCCUAUCUCUACAACCAGUGCUAUGAACUUACCACUAACGAGUACAUUUAUCGUCUUUGUCCCUUCAGCAGAGUGUCUCAGAAACCCAAGCAUGGUGGCUCAGAGACCAGUUUGGGGACGUGGGGCUCCUGGGCCGGGCCGGAGGAUGACAAAUUCAGCGUCAUGAAAUAUGAGCACGGCACAGGCUGUUGGCAGGGCCCCAACCGCUCCACGACGGUGAAACUGUCGUGUGGCAAGGAGACGUUGGUCAUGACCACCACGGAGCCCAGCCGCUGCGAAUACCUGAUGGAGUUUGUCACCCCGGCAGCCUGCCACGAGCCAAAAGAGGUCGUCCACGAUGAAUUCUGAGGGCAGAUCUGCGUGGAAACCACUGACUGAGAACCCACCUUCUAGUCCAUCUGUCUGCCUGGGGCGUCCAAGGACCUUCGCUCUGUCACUUGGGAGUGUCCCCUGGUCCCCAUUCCACCAGGACCCCGCCGUCUCUUCUCUGUGGUCAGUCAUGAUCUGCCCAGAUGGACUUCCCAGUGUUCCAAUGCCAGCCUUUGUCCUGUCAAAUCCAGGGACCUGAGUCUGUUCCUGCCCCCCCCCCCCCCACCCCAUGCCACAGCUUUUGGGCAUAGCCAAGCUGCAUCCAGCUGCCGGGUCCUUUGUUUUUUUCCUGCUGUCUCUUCUUUUGGGGAGGAGGGGCGAUGCCUGCUGGGACAGCUGCUCCGCCCUCAGGGCUUCUGCCCCCCCCCCCCUGUUCUGAGCCGUGUUUCCAUUGGGAGGGGCCGCAGACCUGUGCCCAGCGCCCUGGUCCCUUCUCUGCUAUUUGGUGUGUGGAUCAAGACGUCCCCUUCUAAUAAAGAGACAUUCGCUCCCG